UGCAACAGCACCACCUUCGCCUUCACCGUAAAAUGGGCUUCCACUCCGUGCUCACAUUUCGCUGGACUGUUGCUUUUUGUGGGCGCUUCUGCCUUUGCCGGCAAUCAAAUUGAGUGCAAAGCUCGGUUAAAAGCCAAGUAUUUGGACAGCCAGAGAGGUGUGAUGAGUGUGAUGUGUGUGUUGGGAAUGCAAAAACGGUUUCGAUUUUUUUUACACAAUUUUUUCCGUCUUCUGUUUUUGUCUCGUUUCGGUCGGAGCUCCCUCCCAACUUAUUGCAUUAUUUAUGUGCGAGUAGUACGAUUUUUCUGGGUUUCUCAGUAAGCCACACGCACGCGGGCCGCGCCAGUAAAAUGUAUAAACAAAACGCGAAAGGCCCGGAAAAAGUGUGAGUAUCGCCGGUGACAAUCGCAAGUGCAGGGCUCUCUCUGUCUCUGUCUCGUGUCUCAAGUCUCAAGUCGCCGAUGGGUUUCGCUCUCCUGCUCACACUCACUCAAAGUUUGCCUAGGCGGAGAAGCAAACUCGGCGGCAUUCUCAGUCAAACAACAAACGCAACUGAAGUAACAACGAGUCCGUACCGCGUACCGCCCCCAAAACAAAAGUGAAAUUCUAGCAGCGGCGCGGUCUUAGCCAUAUAUCCACCCAGGAAUAUCACUGUCUGUUAGCCAGAAAUCACACAAAUUCAAUCGAAAACCGCCCCCAAAAGUUAUGGUAUUUGAUUCCGAAGAAAUCGCGGUCGAGUGCAGUGCUUAAUGUUCCAGCUGCGCAGGGAAGUCAGCGAGAGGUUCGGAGUCUGGGUGCAGCGCCUCCUCGUCAUCGUCCUGCACCUUUGGCACCGCUCCAGCAUGUCCUUCGUCCAUCGGCGGAAGGAGGCGUUCAAGUGGAUAAAACGCCGGCUGGUCAGAAGACGAUGUCACACGACUGACACGAACAUCGAGGCAGGGCGAGCCGAAGCAGCUGUUUCUGGUUCAGGAGCAAGAGCAGGAGCAGGAGCGGAAUUAGCCGAGAUCUUGGUGCCGAAUGACACGCAAAUCGAUGCCGCUCCAGGCGGGGGAAGUGCAGGAGGUCAGAUCCCGAACCUAGAAGCCACGCUCUUGACCACUGACAGGGACAUGAAAGAGGCCAGAACUGCGCCCAUAGCUCGCGAUGAGGAGGACCCGGAGGCGGAGGAGGAGGAGGUGGCACCGCAGGAGGAGGAACUUCGAGAGGUGGAGCAGCUGUCCGCGAAUGCUAAUUACGUGUGCUGUCGAUACCCGGGAACGAGCUCUGCGGCAGCAGCAACUUUGAACCGCAGCAAGUCGCGGGUUCAAAAGUAUCUCAAGAAGUGCAAACAGCGACUAACGGGUCAGCCGAGGAUACCAGCCAGCAGUUCCUCCACAACCACCAUCACCCUGGUCAGGAAUGAGCCAGCAACUGCCACCAUCGAGGAGAGGGAAUCCGAGGAGGAGCUGGACGAGCAGGAGGAGGAUCUGGCGGGGGAGGAGGACCUGGCGGAGGGCAGCUCCAACGACUAUACGGAUGCCCUGCCCAUCGAAUGCAGCUUGACUGCCAGCGUCGCCGAGGAACAACAGCAGGCGGUCGACGAGCUGGAGCCGCCGAAGGAGGAAGUCCCAAUGGAGAUAGAGACGAGUCCCGGUUGCAGCGGAAUCCCGAUCCCCCAGCGACUUCCCGACGACGUGGACGCCACGCUGGUCCAGCUGAUUGACAACCAUCUGUCGCACAUUUAUCCCGUCUACUGGGCACGCACUCGUGCGAUUUUAAUCCAGCAGGCACGUGAGCGACUCGUGUGCGGAUUCGACGGCAGUUUGGCCCGCUUCGAGCAGCGAUUCCUAUGCAAAUUUGCGCAAAUUGCCACAGCGCUCCGCACGGCCCAUCAAAUUGGCGAGUCCUGGUUAUGGCAUCCCGGCUGGCCGCUGGCAACCUCCAAUGGAGCGCUCGUUUUGCAGCUGAGCGACGCUGAGAUCGCGCACGCACUUCGCCCUGCGGACCUGUAUCUCUGCAUCAAAUUGGAAUCUUCAGCAGAAGGCGACGCGGACUGCACACCGCGGCUCUAUGCUGUUUGGCGCUCGUCCUGCAAGGAGGAGAGCGUCCAGAGCCACUGCAUCGACCACGAGAACCCCGGCCAGCUGCCACUGAGCGUGCUCCAGCUGGAAAUGUCCACGGCAGCGGCGGCACUAAUGGCGGCAGACGGCGGAGAACUACCGCAACUGCUGCAGAAUCUGCUGGUGAGCGUGGAGCGGAGCAUCGAGCGCGUUUCGCUGAACGAACUACAGAUGCCGAUGCAUCAUUUUGGCCCCGGGGAGGACCUCCUCGAUGAGGCCAACAACAACGGGUGCAGCAACGUGAUGGGAUCCCCCAAAUGCGCGUUGCGGCGCAGCGAUUUGAUAACCAAAAACAAACUCUUCAGCAGCCGUUACAUGCUGAGGCGUUUGACGAAUCGGCAGGACAGCAUGAACUCCACCUCGUCGGGAAAUAGCAACGUGAGCGACAGGAGCAGUAGCUCCAGCUCCAGCUCAAGUUCGAGUGCCGGCGAGGAGCUGUUGACCAGCAAUCUGGAGGCCAAAAAGAGGAGCAACAACGGUGGUGCUAAUGAGGCGACCAGUGGUGCGUCCACAUCGCCGGCACUGCCGCUUUUCUGUCUGGGGAACUCAUUUCCGCACAUCGACAGCGAUGAGGAGCCAGGAGAUAGCGUCGGACCUGGGAAGCACCACAGUCUAGAGACCUGCGAGACCGAGCUACUACCGCCCAGCUCAAUCAGCGAGCUGCCUGAGAAACUGCUGACCAGCGGAGUCUACCUACCAGGCACACGCACCCUCCAAGGCGACCCACUUGUGAGCGUGGACGCGGCCUGUGUGGCGUCCGCCGGCCUCAAUUGCUACGAGCUGGCCACGUUGCUCCUCUACUACAGCACAAUUCCCGAGCGCAGCUCCUGCCCCUUUUCCCCCCCGGCAACACCCGGAACGACAGCAACAAUCAAUGGCCAUAAAAGCGCUGAGCAACUACAGCAGCAGCAGCAACAACAACAACAACAACAUCAACAACAGCAGCAGCAGAAACAACAACCCGCCCAACAGACAUUUACCAUUUUAAUUGCCAUCGAGAAGUCUCAACAUUUAUGCGUAAUCGACUUAAUUUGCCAAAGUCUUCGGCUCUUAGCCAAGCAAAUUGGCAAUUGUGAAAUUUUGGCCGUUUGUGCCGAUUCGAGUCUGCUGCAAUUGUGCAACGAGCAGCAGCAACAGAAGCAGCAGCAGCAGAACAAUAACAGUGAUCACCCGAAGCCUUCGACGCCGUCGCCAGCGGAUUUGGUUAAAUUCAUUAGCGUGGACCAAGUCACGACAAGUGUUGCGCCAUCGCAGCUGCCCGCUGGAUUGCUGCCCUCCGUGCCCGCGUUGUCCACUCUGGCCGGGAUUAACCAGCGGCAUCACGACGUGGCCAAGUGGCGGGAGUUUUUCGCCCAACUGGAGGCCUUCCAGCGCCAAUGCUCGACGGCCGGCGGUCGAUUGGUGAGCGCCCUCAGCGAAAUACGCGCCGCCGAUCUCCAGGGAUUGCCCACGCGCCGCCAACUCUAUAGUCAACAUCGCGCCCUCAGUCGUGCGCUGAUGGAUUCGCAGCUCCACAGCCUCCGCAAGAUGGGAGCUGGGCAAUUGGCGCGGCUCCAGGACCUGGCCAGGGCCAUCACCUCUGCCCCGCCUGCCCAGCCUGCCUCGCCGCGGAUGACGUCACAGCCGCAAUCUCCAUCUUCGGGGGCAUUCCUCAACGUGGAUGCCGCCUGCAAGCUGCGCAAGGUAACGCUCCUCUUCAACGAAGUGGAUCGAGCCGCCCAGCGGCUGGAACAGCUGACCGAGCAGCGCAGGGAGAGGCUUAGACAGCUGACCCGCCAGCGGGCUCUCGAGGAUGAGAUCAAUGAGGUCACCUCUUGGCUGGGCAGCGAUGGAGCGGAAAACCUACAGAAGUUUUCCCAAUUGCAAUGGGACAACGAGGCGCAGUUGAGGAGUCAGGAGCAGGAGUUUGAAAAGUACUAUUUUAUAGCAAUGAAACACCUGGCCAAAGGACGCGACUUGCAUGCCGCUGCCCUGAAAGUGUCUGUUCUGAGUGAGAGCGCCAAUAACCUCAAGUCAGCUUUGGAUCAAUUUGCCCAGAAAUUGGAGCUGGCUCAUGAGCGUUUCGAGGCUGCUGCUCGUCUGCUACACUUGCUGACCCAACAUCAGCGGGAGUCCGCAGCCAGGGAGGAGCUACAGCGCCUGGCGGAGCAACUGGGAGCCACCUCUCUGCUGGAGAAACACUGGCCAGCGAUGAGGAAGAGCCAAUCCCUUCCGGUGGCCAGCAGCACACCAGCGCCUGCUGCCGGAAAGCGGGUGAGCUAUCGCUGCAGUUCGGCCAGUGGCAGCUCCUUCGAGGGAGGUCCUUCGAGCAGCAGCUGCAGUUGCUGGCGAGAGAGUCGCAACCUGGAGGACAUGGACCAAAUGGAUGAGGCGGAGGAGGAGCAGGAUCACGAUUGCGACGGCGGCGACGGAGAGGAGCACCAAUCCAAGAUCGCCGACUCUGGAGUUGGCGUUUGCGAUAAUUGCGAACGCAAUCCAAAGUUGGCUAGAAUCUGCUCGUGCCAGAGUCUCAACGAAAAGAGUCACGAUGAGCUGCUCGAGGACGAGUGCUUCGAUCGACCCUCGAAGAGAUACAUGGAUAUGCAAUCACCCAUGGAGGCGAAUGCCCAUCUGCAGUGCCAUGGCUCCAGUCUAGAGCUGCCCAAGCUGGAGGAGCUCAGCUGCCUGGAUCCCAAGAUACAAAAAACGCUUCUAUUGAUCAUGCGCGAGAUGAUUGGUACUGAACGCGACUACGUGCGCUCCCUGUACUACGUGAUCGAAAACUAUAUAGACGAGCUGCUGCGCGAGGAUAUUCCCCAACCUUUGAGGGGCCAACGAAACGUGAUCUUUGGCAAUAUCGAGAAGAUCUUCGAGUUCCACAACUCUCAUUUUCUGGGGGAACUGGAGCGAUACGAAAGGAAUCCGCUGAAAGUAGGAGCUGCCUUCCUGGAAAUGGAGUCCAAAUUCUAUUUGUAUGCCCUCUACAAUAAGAACAAACCCAAGAGCGAUACCUUGCUGAGCGAAUAUGGUAGCUCCUUCUUCAAGCCGAAGCAAAUGCAGCUCCAGGAUAAAUUAGAUCUGGCCUCGUAUUUGCUGAAACCAGUGCAAAGGAUGGGCAAGUAUGCUCUGCUCCUGCAGCAAUUGGUCAAAGCCUGCAAGGGAGUCGAAGGAGCAGCUCUUCAAGGAAUUGCCGCGGAUGUGGAGGAACUGCAGAGAGCGGAGGAAAUGGUCAAGUUCCAGCUGCGCCAUGGAAAUGAUCUACUGGCAAUGGACUCACUCCGCGAUUGCGAUGUGAAUGUGAAGGAGCAGGGACGACUGCUGCGCCAGAAUGAAUUCCUUGUUUGGCAGGGACGCGGUGGCAAGAAGACCCUGCGACAGGUGUUUCUCUUCGAGGAACUGGUUCUCUUCAGCAAAGCUCGUCGGUUUCCCGAUCAUAAGAAUCUGGACAUAUACAUUUACAAGAACAGCAUAAAAACUUCAGAUAUUGGCUUGACGGCGCACACGGGCGAUUCGGCAACCAAGUUUGAGAUUUGGUUCCGAAAACGAAAGCCGGAUGACACUUGGAUGCUGCAGUGCAUGUCGGAGGAUAUUAAAAAUGCCUGGACCGAGGAGAUCUCCAAACUGCUCUGGAAGCAGGCGAAACGAAACCGAGAAGUUCGUCUGGCGGAGAUGUCCUCGAUGGGCAUUGGCAGCAAGCCCUGUCUGGAUAUUCGACCUAGCAACAACCAGAUCAGCGACCGCUCCAUUCCACUGGCGCAGUUGAACAAGACUCCCAAGCUGCGUCACUCGGAGCCGGGAAAGGGCAGCAUGCGGCGUCCCAACUCGCUGAUCUCGGAGAGCUCUUUGUCCAGCGGCACCAGCACCACCAGUGGCUCCUCCGUCAGCGGUGGCUCCUCGUCGGGUCACCAUGACGGCGGUGGCGGUGGUGUUGGCAGGCACAGUCUGCAUUUUGGCAAACUUCCUGGACCACACAGCAGCAGCACCACCAACUGCAGUGCCACUUUGGAGCUGAUCAACGAAACGCAGGCCCUCAAGCUGGGCAAAUCCUCCAGUGGCGGAGGAAUCAAGGGGGCGGAAACUGCAGCCGAAGGAGGCAGCAGUAGUACGGGAACCGGAAAUGGAAACGGAAACGGAAAAGGACUCGGAGGCAGCAAACGACACCACAAACGAUCGACCACCAUUGUCAGCCAGCUUUCUAUGGAGAGCGGCAUAGUCUCCGACAUGUGCGUCAGUCCGGACCAGGAACAAUCGCCGGCGGAGAGCAACCGGAGCAGCUGGUCCACGUCCACGACAACGGCAUCCGGAACUUCGACCACGAGUGCUUCUACGGUGAUCCUGCGGCGAUAUCGAUCCUACGCCCAUGCGGCGGAGUCCGCCAGUCCGGACAGCGGCAAAUGAGGAACUCCUGGAGUAUCGAAUCUAGCAGUAGAAUCUAUAAGAACCCCCAUUUAUAGCUUUAGCAGAACGGUUUCAUCGGAUCCAGAUAGUACGUCAUUAUCACGAUCAAUUGCUUAUUUUAUUUCAUUAUUUUUGUUAUUUAUUAUUUAUUACAUUUUUUAGUUUUUGUUAAUUUGUCAUUAUCGCUGCUGUUCCGUAUUUGGCCUUUUUUUUCGCAAAACCCAUAUUUAAAUUAUCGAAUUCAGCGUGUCAAUGUCGAAGCAUAUUUCAUAUAUAGUUCUUAGUCCAUACAAUCGAGCGAUGUGGGAGCCAUGAGCAGCACCGGAAAUGGGGCGUGGCCGAUUCCCAACAUAUCUGAAGCGAAGUUCAUUACGUACAGUUAGUUAAUAUGUAACCUAAGUGCCUACAUUUAAAAUAAUCGUAAACGAAAAUAAUAAAUAUAUCUAUAUCAUAAUAUUAAAUCGAUAAGUAUAAGCGAAAAUUUAAAAUCAAUAAAUGUUGCUUCAAUGUAAAA